AUGUUUAUCGACGGUCCAAACCCACUAGUGGCAGAGGCUUGGGUUAGGGACAUGGAGAAAAUCUUUCGUGCUCUACCUUGCACAGAAAGACAGAAGGUGACUUUUGCCACAUUCACCUUUAAAGACGAUGCACGAGAAUUAUGGCUUCUUACCCUGGAAAAGGAAGAUAUUAUGACUUGGGCAAGAUUUUUGGAGGUAUUCUAUGAAAAAUACUUUCUAGAUUCACUAUGGGAACAAAAGGCGUCAGAAUUCAUACAUCUAAAGCAAGGAACCAUGAUAGUAGCCGAAUACGAGAGCAAGUUCACACAACUUGCUCGGUUUGCGACAUAUAUCAUCCCCAUCGAAGCUCGAAAGGCAAGAAAAUUCAAAGCAGGAUUGGAUGUUGAAAUCAAAGAUAGGCUUGAGGUUUUGAAAUUGCCAACCUGUGCGGAAGUGGUAGACCGGGCGUACAUUGCAGAAAAAGAGGAUUUAAGCCUCGCGUUCUGGGGAACCAAGCUAAAAGAAACGAUUAUGGGACAAAGAAAAUAG